AUGUCGGCCAAGUCGUCGAGCGUCGAUGCCUUCCCCGAUGGCACGACAGAUUACAAGCCUCUGAGGGCUGCCGGCAUUAAGAAGGAGAGCGGCCCGAAGAAGCCUCACAUUUCCGAGUUGCCCAUGACUUGGUCCAACUGGUACCAACAUGUCAACUGGCUCAACACGACCUUCGUCGUCUUCAUUCCCAUGGCUGGCCUGAUCGCCUCGUACUGGGUGCCUCUCCAGCUCAACACUGCCAUCUUCACUCUCAUCUACUACUUCAACAGCGGUCUCGGAAUUACUGCUGGUUAUCACCGUCUCUGGGCGCACAAGUCCUACCAGGCAUGCCUUCCUCUCAAGAUCUACCUCGCUGCUGUUGGAUCUGCCGCCGUUGAGGGCUCCAUCAGGUGGUGGUCGAGGGACCACCGUGCUCACCACCGAUACACCGACACCGACAAGGAUCCCUACUCCGUUCGCAAGGGUCUCCUCUACUCCCACAUGGGCUGGAUGAUCUUCAAGCAGGACCCCAAGCGCAUUGGCCGAACCGACAUUACCGACCUGAACGAGUGCCCCGUCGUCGUCUGGCAGCACAAGCACUUCCUGAAGUGCACUCUUGUCAUGGCCGUCAUUUUCCCCACCGUUUUCUGUGGCCUCAUGUUCAACGACUGGCUUGGCGGCUUCGUCUAUGGCGCCAUUCUCCGAAUUUUCAUCGUUCAGCAAGCCACCUUCUGCAUCAACUCGCUCGCCCACUGGAUCGGUGACCAGCCCUUCGAUGACCGCAACUCUCCCCGUGACAACGUCAUCACUGCCCUCGUCACCCUUGGUGAGGGAUACCACAACUUCCACCACGAGUUCCCCUCCGACUACCGCAACGCCAUCGAGUGGUACCAGUACGACCCCACCAAGUGGCACAUCUGGGUCUGGAAGCAGCUCGGCCUCGCCUACGACCUCAAGCAGUUCCGCGCCAACGAAAUCGAGAAGGGCCGUGUCCAGCAGCUCCAGAAGAAGCUCGACCAGAAGCGUGCUACCCUCGACUGGGGUGUACCUCUCGAGCAGCUCCCCGUUGUCGACUGGGACGACUUCGUUGCCGACUGCAAGGAGAGGGGCAAGAAGCUUACCGCCAUCGCCGGUGUCAUCCACGAUAUUGGUGACUUCAUCAACGACCACCCCGGUGGCAAGGCUCUCAUCAACUCUGCCAUCGGUAAGGACGCCACCGCCGUUUUCAAUGGCGGUGUCUACGACCACACCAACGCCGCCCACAACCUUCUCUCCACCAUGCGUGUCGGUGUCCUCCGCGGAGGCUGUGAGGUUGAGGUCUGGAAGCGCGCUCAGUUCGAGAACAAGGACAUGUCGUACAUCAGCGACUCCACCGGCCAGCGCAUCAUCAGGGCUGGUCUCCAGGUUACCAGGGUGCCUCAGCCCGUUGCUGCUGCUGAUGCGGCGUAG